AUGGGCGAACCCAACUCAAUACCGGCAGCACCAAUGGCGGACCAGGACGAGCGGGCAGCCCUCACCUCGCGUAUCAUCCCGACCAUGAGUCUCUCGGUGGCUGAAAACCCUCUCACGGCGCCCUUGGCCCCCGUACAGGCGACGUCCGCUUCAGAGCGAGCCGCCGCGAGGUUCAAAGUGGAGGGCAACGCGGUCCUGACGGGCGGAGCGGGGACAUUGGCCCUGGUCUCUGCGCGGGCACUGCUGGAGCACGGCGCCGGUGGGGUCGCCCUCAUGGACCUGCCCGUGACGAUCCAGACGUCCUCGGAGGCGAUAGCGCGACUGAAGGAGGAUUUCCCCAACGCAAAAGUCCACACCAUCCCCGUCGACGUGACGUCGGAGGCGGAGGUGGACCGCGCAUUCCAAGCAGCAGAGGAGAUGCUCGGCAGUGUCGACGUGCUCUGCUGCUUCGCGGGCAUCGUCGGGUGCGUGCACUCCGUCUCCGCGACGGCCAGCCAAUUCCGCAAGGUCGUCGACGUCAACCUGACGGGGUCGUUCCUCUGCGCCCAAGCCGCGGCGCGACGCAUGAUCGCCUCCCAGUCCGGCGGCGCCAUCGUCUUCACCGCCUCCAUCUCGGCCUACGCGACAAACUUCCCCCAACCCCAGGCGGCCUACAACGUCAGCAAAGCGGGCGUCGCGCACCUGACGCAGAACCUCGCGGCCGAGUGGGCAGUCCACGGCAUCCGCGUCAACUGCAUCUCCCCCGGGUACAUGGACACGGUGCUCAAUGCCGGCGACAACCUGAAACCCGUGCGGGACAUCUGGGCCAGCCGCUGUCCCAUGGGCCGGAUGGGCGACGUGGAGGAAAUCACCGGCCCCGUCGUCCUCCUCAGUAGUAGGAGGGCGGGGAGAUAUAUCACCGGCGCAGAUCUGCGGGUGGAUGGAGGUGCCUUGUGCUUUUAG